GGGGAGGAGGAGGAGGAGAUAGAUACAGCGGCGAGAGAUAUGGCGGCGGCGGAGAAGGGGGAGGAAGAGAAGGAGGAGGAGGAGGAAGAGGAGGAGGAGGAGGAGGAGGGAGAGGAGGAGGAGGAUGAGGAGGAGGACGAAGAGGAGGAGGAGGAGGAGGACGAAGAGGAGGAGGAGGAGGACGACAAAGAGGAGGAGGAGGAGGAGGAGGAGGAGGAGAUCGAUUUGGCGGCGGAGGAGGACGAGGAGAGAGAUAUGGUGGCGGCGGAGGAGAAGGGGGAGGAGGAGGAGGAGGAGGAGGAGGAGGCGGCGGUGACAAAGAUGGAGAUGAUGGGUGAUGACAAAGAUGAGGAUGGAGAUGGUAGGCACAAAAUGGUGAUGGCGGUAACACCAUGGCGGCUCCAAGCAACGGCAGCGAUGGGCGAUGACUCGUCCAGGCGCAGGCAGCAACGGGCGAGGCAGCAAUGGGCGAUGGCUCAUCUAGGCGUGGGCAGCAACAGGCGGUGGCUCACGUCCAACGGCUGCAGCGGGAGGCAGGAGUGAAGCUCAGCCAGGGACAACCGGUUCCCAACAAAAUUCAAAUUCGAAU